CUUGAGUUGAUUAUCUGUCGCUACAUACUCUGUUAUCUAGGACAGAGUGGGUUAGUGGAUUAAUGUUUAUCUUCUUCCCAUUGGCAUGUUGUACAGAGCUCUGUGAAUAUUUCACAGACUAAAGCCUCCUUUCAUCGGUGAAACGGUAGUGGAUUAAUCGCGCCUGGCUGUCAGACAGACAUGACAUGUUCCAUUUGAUACACAGAUUGAAGACUCCACUGUUGUCAUUUGGAGGAACGCGCACAAUAUCCCAACUGAUCAACAUGGAGAAGCCCUGCAUACUGGCCACUACAUUCGGAGCGCCUGGAGGCAUCUACAAAUGCUUUGCACCUGUUGUCGAGAAACACUUCACCAUUAUCCCAUACGAGACAUUCCCGCUAGACCAGAAGAAUCUGUCAGGAAAGGUCAAAGCAGUAUUUGUAUGGAGCGUUGCCCUGAAAGUUGACAGAGGUCUGAUGCAGUCUCUGCCUAACCUCAAGGUGGUGGUUAACGGAGGGGUGGGAGUGGACCAUCUGGACAUACCCAUGAUCAACAGCUUUGGGGUGAAGGUGUGCAACACCCCUCAUGUUGUUGACAACGCCACUGCCGACAUCGGGAUGGGUCUGAUGCUGGCGUCUGCAAGGAAGAUCGUCGAAGGUCACCAUUACUCCCUAACCCACAACAAUGAGAACUUGCCAGAGAGCUCCAUGGGUAUGGACGUCAGCGGGGCCACCCUGGGCAUCAUCGGUAUGGGGAGGAUAGGAUACAAGGUGGCCAGGAGGGCCCAGGCAUUUGAUAUGAAGAUCCUCUAUCAUAACAGGAACCGCAGGAAAGAGGAAGAGAGAGCAGUGGGGGCGAUGUACUGUGCCAACAUGAAGGAUCUGCUCCAGCAGUCAGACUUUGUGAUGGUGGUGGUGAACCUGUCACCUGCCACCCAGAAACUGAUCGGUUCCAAGGAACUAGCCAUGAUGAAACCUACCAGCACUCUCAUCAACAUCAGUAGAGGCCUUGUUGUAGACCAAGAUGCGUUGGUGGAAGCCCUCCAGAAGAAAGUGAUCCGAGCCGCUGCACUGGAUGUGACCUACCCUGAACCCCUACCAAUAGGCCACCCCCUUGCUGCUCUUCCAAAUGUCAUCAUCCUGCCCCACAUAGGGACCCACUCCGUUGAGACGACGCAGAUAAUGGUGGAGAAGAUGGUGACCAACGCCCUGGCAGUACUAGGAGGGAACCAGCCUCCUGAUGAGGUCAAGGUGUAGGUCACAGAAGUUUCCUCUAGGCACAGAUCUAGGAUCAGUUUCCAUUCCCCCAAUCCUAACCUGAACCAUUAGUGGGCAAAAUGCAAAGUUUUAAACCAAAAUCGGGAUCUAGGGGCAACUUCACCCUAUUCCUCAGGAAUCUCCCUGGACCCUCCAUGCCAGUUUUAACUAGCUGCCUUAGAGCAGGGGUGUCAAACAUACGGCCCCGGCACACGAGGGGGUCCAAUCCGGCCCAUGGGUGGUUUGAAUAGCCUCAAAUAUUUAGGAAACAUUCAUAUAGUAUCUUGACUGUGUCCAGCUCGCUAAUAAUCCCCGAAAUUAAAGCUACACAGUCAGGGAGCAAAUUUCUAAAAUGAUGGAUAAAGGACUAUUUUUUUCUCUCACAUUUUGACGGCAAGGAAAUACAACACACUUUCAGUGCGGCCCUCGGGGUGCCCCCCUUCCAGCUUUGGGGAACAUCCCGCGCCACGUCUAUUUCUAUGGGCACAAGCAAUGUUCAUGACACAAACUGUUCACACUCCUCUUGUUGGUGGAGAGAAUGUUGCAGGUUUAAAGCCUAUUUCCUGCAAUUCUACCCAUUUUGUCAUGUCUAAUGUGUAUUCAUGUGAUAUUUGUGUGAUUUUUUUUUUACAACAAUACCUAUGGGUUAAAAAAACCUAAAGAAAAAAAAACAUUAGCUGACAUAGGCUAGUUGAUCUGGACAUUUCUGACAAGUUAUAAGUAGCUCUCUAAGGUCUGCAAUCACUGACAUGACAAGAGGAACUGAUGAUGCACUACCCUAUUUCAAAAUUGCACCUUGUGCAUUCUACUAUUACAACUUUCAAAAGUAAGUUUAAAGCCGGACUGAAUUCCUUUAAAAAAUAAAAAAUAAUAAUAAUUGGGGGAGACCCCCGCACUCCCCCUGCCGACCCCUCAGGAACCAUUGUUGUAGAAGACCUGCCUUAGAGGGUCCUAACUUCCACGAUCACUGAUCUAGCAGAAUGUGAAAGGAAGGAGGACGAUGCGGUAAAUCUAUCCAGCGGGGAUGAAGGAAAGGAGAGGAGGAAAAUAAGAUAUUUAGUAUUGAAACUUAGGCACCACAAUGCAGCAGUGUCACUGAUCAGAGAAGUCUUCACCAUCCACAUUAAUAAGCACCUAAUCAUAGCUCCGCCCUGGACAAUUCUAUAUAAGUUAUGACACUAUAGAUAAUACAAUGUUGGAUAGAAAUGGAAUAUAUUGCUUCUCAAUGGUGAAUAUGCCUUCUCAUACAGUACAUGGAAAUGUACUGUAAUUUAUAUCACUUCAUAUUGACUGUUGAUUUAACUAAUUAUAACCACUGAUUAUAAAGGUUUAGAGCAUUAUGCAUACUCUAUUUCUAACUGCACAAUAAACAACUUGACAAAUCUGUA